AUGUCAGGUCGUGUUGAAAAACGUUCUUUGAAAAACACUAUCUCGAAACUUCGGUCGGCUUGUGACGACGUGUUUGAUCGUUUUGGUUCUAGCGACGUUAUGCCCUGCACUCGGUGUUUUCGCGCCAAACGUCCAUGUCGGAUGGCUGAUGGCGCCAAAACGUGCCAAGGCUGCAAAAACCUGAAGCGUUCUUGCGAUGGUCUCGUUGUGGCAUCGAGUCUGCAACGGCUGAGUGACCAGCGUCAAGAAUGGGAAGAGAAGGAGGAGCAGGCUAGCGACGCCUUGCUCGAUCUUCAUGAAAAACUGGCUCGGAUACAGUCAGAGGUUGCUGAGGCAGCGGGCCGUCUUGCUCGUAUCCGGGCGAUCCGAAAGAAAGUGAAGGAGAGGCAUGUGGAAACUUUUGCUCGUGGUAUGCAGGAGUUGGAAGAAGAGGAUGGUGUUCUUCCUGCGCUGGAUGCUCACGAGCGGUGGGUCGUGAGCGAUCUCCAGGCUGCUGGCGUUUCUAAUGAUGCCGACUGGCCUUCUUUCGGGAUUGGCGACGAGUUCGCGUCCCUGGGGCCGUUGGUGUCGUCUUCUGGUAAUCCUCGAGAAGCUGUCGAGAGUUCUGGAGGUUCGUGA